GUUGCACCUCUAGCUGGUUUAGUGUAGAGAAAAAUUUUGCCUGCCAAGCACGUCUUUGUACAUAUUCCAUUUAUUUCCCCGGAACCAACUUCUUAUACAUUCUCUCUAAUAGCAAACAUGGCGCGCGGACACCAAAAAAUUCAAUCCCAGCAGAAGGCCCAAGAAAAAGCAGCCAAAAUGAAGAAACAGCAGGGGCACGGACUGAGCGACCAAAUGAAGGCUGCACAAAAGGCGCUCGUAUUUUCCUGUGCAGUGUGCAAAUCGCAGAUGCCAGACCCGAAAACGUACAAACAACAUUUUGAAAACAAACAUCCCAAAAACGAUAUGCCUGCUGAAUUGAAAGAUGUCUGAAUGCGCCAGACUGCUACCACCAAGGACUAAGUCGCCGCCCCUCCGUACUCCUGAAGCGUGCCGGGUGAUGUCGGCUCCUUGGUCAAAUUGCUUACUUUCCCUCCAGUCCUAUUCGACCGCACAUAAGCAUUGUUUGUCUCUUCAAUCAGAAUACUUUGUAAAACGAAAAUAAGUAGAGAAUUACUGCACACAGCCAACUGCUGGGUAGGUUUUUACGAACUGCGCGUUCAUUUCCUAGGUAUACAGGCAUGCUACCGAGUUUAUUCUGAGAAACCGCUCUUUGAAAAUCUUACGAUAAUGUAAACUAAUAAAGCCGUUGACAUUUUUUGAAA